AUGUGCGAUGAACUGAGAUUCUCUCCGCUGGAGGGAAAACUGAAAUUUUUUCUGAACUCACUUCCGAUCUGUGCCUGUGACGUUGAUGGCAGCAGCGACAUUCAGUGUAUCAAACUAUCUAAUAUCGAUGGCGUGCUCGGUAAAAUUGCAGUAAACGAUACCGUAUACCUACUUUACGUGAAGGAAUCGUUCCUUGCACUAGAUAACCUCGAUUACAAAAUCUAUCGUAUCAAAAUUAUCGAGAGCGCAAAUCUUACGAACAUCGAGGAGUUUUGUAAGAGAAAAAUGCUUAAAACAAAAGAUAAAAAAAUUUUGAGGCUAGCGAAAGAAGAUUUGGUGGCUGCAGUAUCACAUAAAAGCAAGGAAAUGGAAAAUCUUGUGAAAUUUUUGAACGACUCUCCGCUCUAUUUCACAAGAACUGAGGUGGAAGACACAAAAUUUUUAUGGAAUAAAUUUUUGCGAACGAACAUGGCUAAUGCACAAAACCAAACAGGAAUUGUUUAUUUGUACACCGGAUACUUCAACGUGAAGGCUUGCUCGAAUUUUGAGUACAUUCUUCUCUCGUUCAUUUCGAGUAAUCGAGUAGGUCCGCGUUAUUUUUCCCGUGGGGUUGACGUGGAGGGAAAUGUUUCAAACUUUGUCAAGAGCAGGUAUUUAGUAGUCAAAAAUGGCAACGUGAUAACAAACGUCAUUAUUUACAGAGGAAGCGUGCCUGUAUACUGGGAGCAAACAGGGAGUUUAAGGGAGCUCCAGUGCAACGAAAAGGACAGUUUCCGAGCUUGUUUCAAGCAUUUUUAUAAUAACUUUCGAGACAGCGAGCAAAUUGAGGAUGGAAACCGAAACGAUGUCGGUGUUUGCAAAUUUUCGGAUAAAAAUAGAGAUGAGUCCCUUGACAAAAGCUCAUUCACCCAGCAGAUAUGCCAUUUCAACAACAUCCUGGUGAUAAAUCUACUAUCGAACAAGAAGAGCGAGCAGAAGUUAAGUAUAAUGUACAAAGAACUGCUGAAAAACUUGAAAAUAGAAUAUUUUGAUUUUAACCUCAACAAAUACCAUCUGAACUAUAAGAAGCUCAAGCAUCUCUUUAUCACAGAGCUCCGUACCAAAAUAGGUUCUAUAUUAGAAAAAAUGAAAAUCAAUAACAAUUAUAAUAACAAGAUAAUUUUUAGAGUGAAUUGCUUGGACUGUCUUGACAGGACAAACCUUGCAUCAUAUCUUAUAUGCGAUUACUACCAUACACAAAUGGAAAUACCCAAGGAUCACUUAAAAACACUUUUCCAGGAGAAUGGAAAUGCCAUCAGCUUAUUUAACGCAGGAUCGAACGCGCUGAAAAACGAGCUAGCAGUCAAAGAAAAGAGGAGUAUAAAGGGGCUUUUCGACGAUUUCUACAUUUUUACCAAACGCGUGAUUUGUGACAAGUUUAAUGAUAAACAAAAAAUGGAAAUGAUAGACACAUUUUUAGGCCGUUCAAAGAUAAACGAACCAGAAGAGGAAUCAGCACAAAAAAAUUAUACCGAAACCACCACAUCAAACGACCCAUUUCACAACCACCUAACAGACCUACAAAGAGCCGAGGAUCACGGCUCUGCAGCAGCAGAACUGCAUGACAUGAAUGGAAACAUUCUAUCAAACAACGACAUAUGCGCAAAAAAUGCAGAAGAACCUCCUUGUAACGAAGAAACAACGCUUCUCGUCACCAUAAAAGUUGUUUCCAAACACGAUUUUGAUAACCUGGAUCUACAACCCAGUAUGAACAUUCGAUUUAUAAUUAUUUGCGUGAACAAAGUGGUAUCAUCUCUAAAAUCAGUAUUUUCUGAGGAAGAUAUGACCUACAGAAUCAAAAACUUUGUGCUUAUUUCGAAAAAAUCGUAUUUCAACAAUCACAUCCUCAUUUUCAGUAGGAUGGAUGAGAUAAAGAACAUACAUAGCAUAGAAUACGUUGAGAGAAAGAGGAAUUUGCAGUUUACAAAAAAGAACUGUCUGCUUGCCGUGAAAUAUGUUUAUAGAGACAAACACAUAAUCCUGUACAAUGUCAUAAUGGAUAAGUUGUACAAUUUGGAAUUUUUUCAGCAGAAUGGCUGCGCACAAGCGGACAUAUUCUUCCUAACCGGUUUUUUCUUAAGUAGUAAAGUUUUAGAAAUAUUUAAGAUUUUGAACUUAAGCAGUAUCACAAGUGAUAAUUGUAUAAAGACAGGCUUUAAAGGAAACGUGUUCAUCAAAAAUUAUACCGAGAAUGAAAAUGCCACCUUCGUUGAGUUCACCAUGUAGUUAAAUACGAGCAGGUCUGCCGUUCAGUCAGUAGUAAUUCAUUUUAUUACCGAUAAAUGAACGUAUUAAAC